UGGAUUACUAAAAUGAAUUUGGCCUUUUCAUCCGAGAGGCACAAAUCCCUUUUCCCCCUCCUCCUCCUCUUCUACGUCCCUCUCACCUGUCUAUGCCAGUCCAGCAACAGCAGCACAGUCAGUCCCGCAACCACUUCCUCUACUUUUUCAAAUGUUAUGCCCCGGAUGGCUGUGCCAGGCUGCGGGGCAGGACUAGACCCCGUCUAUACGUACCUGUGUGACCGCCAAGCAGCAUGGGGCAUUGUCCUGGAGACCCUGGCCUCCUCAGGCUUCCUGUUCAGCAUGAUUCUCCUGGUGGGCCUGCUGCUCUGGUCCCUGUGGAUCUCUAUCUCGUCAAGGCACCAGCGCAGCAGCAUCGGAGGCACGGUGGCCUGCAUGUCCAUGUUCUUGUUGGCCACAGGUGGGAUCUUUGCCAUCACCUUCUCCUUCAUCAUCCGUCUCACCCCUCAGACCUGCCCUACCAGGAUCUUCCUCUUCGGCGUGCUCUUCUCCCUGGCCUUCUCCUGCCUGCUGGCUCGCUGUCUCGCUCUGCUGGGCUUCGCAGCUGCCCGGGGCUGGGGGGAGCCUGCCGUGGCCCUGGGGCUCUUCACCGUGCAGGUGAUCAUCUCUACAGAGUGGCUGAUCCUCAUACUUGUCAGGGAUAAGAAACCUUGUGAGUACAGCCAGGAGGAGUUUGUCAUGCUGCAGAUCUAUGUGAUGUGCCUCUUGGCUAUCAGCUUGAUCCUCUCCCUGCACUUCCUGUGUCGCUCCUGCUUCACAUACAGCUACAACUACACAGGGCGAGCCCGGCAGCAUGGCCGCACUCAGGCCACGCUGCUCUGCCUCACACUGCUGUUCUCCGCCUGCAUCUGGGUGGUGUGGAUCACAAUGCUCAUCAAAGGAAACGCUGAAUUGGGCCAUCGGCCACAAUGGGACGACCCGGUGAUCAGCAUCGCCUUGGUAAUCAAUGGCUGGGUGUUGCUGAUGGGGCACGGGUUGUGUCAGGUGGCCUUCCUCUGCAGGGGGGAGGCUAGGUCCAAAGAUAUCCCCCUGAGCUUCGCCGGCUGGACCAGCCCCAGUGCUGAUAUCCCAGGACUGGGCAGCCAGAAGGAGGGAAAAGAAAAUGGAAGCUUUGAGAAUGAUGGCGAGAACAGGAGAGGCAGGAGGACUGAGACAGCCCUGCGAUCACCCUACGAGUCUGGAUUCUCCAUGACAGAAAUUGACCCUGACAAAGAUUACACCAUUCCUCGUCCUCAGACCACCAACUACAGGGAGCCUUACGAUGAAUAUUAUGGACACGAUUAAAUAUCACACUGAUUUUACUGUCUGGUGUUUUACUCACACACUCACACACACACACACACACACACGCACACACACAUAUACACAUACACACACACUGAAUAUACCAAAGCCAAAGCUGAGGGUGACCCAACUCAUGCACUAAUCUGUACUUAAAGUACUUGGCACAAAAAUGUUUUUUUAUGUUUCAUUUUCUUGUGCAAAUGUAAAUAUGUUUUGUUUAGUUUUAUAAGACAUUUUAAAUCUGCCAGUAGGAUGUGAAAUGCUCUUAAAAAGAAGAAAGAAAUUUUAAAAAAAGACUCAGCAGUAUGAUUCAUCUGCUUGAGUUUCAUCAUCGAGGCUGGAUGGGUUCAGAUAGUCCGGCUUUCUUCUAGUGGGAAAUACACAUCAUAAAUGCUUAGUGGAAGUGUGUCUGUAAGAUGGUGUGUGGUGUGCACAUUGUGUGUUGCUCUGAGAUGGUAUGUAAUAGCCCUGAGGUGAUGGAGGAGGCGUGAAACUGUCACUCUGAAGGUGCCAAACAACUGAGCAGAGCAGAGCAGAGGCAUCUGUGAACAGUAGAGAGGAGGGAUGAAAGGAGAGCAGAGGAGAGGAAGAGGAGAUGAGAUGAGACAAGACGGGAGGAGGAUACGACAGGAGACCUGUCAGCACUGUGGGAGGCUUGUGCCAUCGCUGAUUAACAUCUUCAUAUUCAAAGUGACAUUACAGUCGCUGGGCUCUGCUGUGGCGCAAACAGGGGAUGUGUUCUUUGUGCAGAGAAAGAUACGAGGUCUUCAAACAAAGUAUGCCUCUUUUCAAUAACACGUAUCCUAAUGAUUU